CCCACACAACAUAUAUCGAUCCGAUCAAUAUAGAUAGAUAUUGGAUGGGUACUAUGCUCCCAAAGAUCAUAUUCUGCAUUGCAGUUUUCUUGGCUGCCAUUGCAGUACUACUCCUAGCACUCUUCUCACCAAUCCCACACAAAAACAACCCCUCAAACUCCCCUAUGCUCGCCCUCUCCCUUUACAUCCAACAACCCAAUAUUUCCACAUCUAAUUCCUACACGGCCGCGCCCGCCGCAAACGCCUUGAUUUUCCAGCGCCUCCUCACGGAGGGACCGGAGAACACCUCCCGAGUGGUCGGAAAAGCGCAGGGCUUCAUCAUCCCGCUAGAGCGAUUCGCCCACUCCGCCUUUAACAUCAUAUAUCUCACCUUCCACACCGAUCAAUUCUCCGGCAGCCUUAGUAUCCAGGCCAAGAAUUUGGAACACAAACAUCAAGAGGAGGAGGAGGUGGAGCUUAGCGUUGUGGGUGGGACCGGCUCGUUUGCGUUUGCUCGGGGCCUUGCGGUUUUUGCACAGACUGAGUUGCAUGCAACUUUUCACGUAAAAUUGCAUCUGGAUUUCCCAAAUACAAUUCCUAGAUAGAUUGAUUUGUAUUAAUUUGAUUUAUUUGAAUUUUUUUUUCUAGUUUUAAUUUUAAUUUGCAUGGUGGAUAUAUAGCCUUUGUUGAUAGAUUGGGAAGCAUAUAUAAUUUGAGGGUACGGUGUAAUUUAAGUUUUGUAAAAGUAUAACAUAAGAAUACUAAUGAAUCCAAUAAGAGUGUCAUGUUAAUUGGAGAAA